CUGUUUACUAAUUUUAUUUGUGUUUUUGUUCCGGUGACGUCUCGCCUCACUGAAUACGAUAAAUACGAUCUGAAGAAGUGAACCGGAAGUUGUCAUUGGUUAAUGGUAGCUAGCAGCUCGAUGACACACAUCAGAACAUCGGACUUGAUUAUUUAUUCGUGGUGCUUCAUCGACUAGUUCACAGUCAAGCGGAGCAAUCUGACCCUAGAUCGGCAACCACGGUACUUGGAUUGUUUUGCCACGAGUUCCCGGCAUGCAAUGCGCGAAAGUCACGUGGUCUGUCAGUCUCUAUAAGUGCUACCUCCGAAGGAUGUGGCCCCUGAAUUUGGACACAAAUACCGGAAUUUGGACAUACGAUACCGAUUGGAUAUAAAAUAUUCUAGGAUUUUCUACUGUCACAGCUCCAGCUGAUCAGGAACAGAGGAGGAUGUGUGAGGAACAGACGGUGUCUCUGGUUGAUGUUCUGGAGGAAGACGAGGAGCUAGAGGAAGAAGCUUCAGCUGUGCUGGCAGGAAGUGACUCUGACCACUGCUCCUAUCCUCAGGGCUAUGUGAAGCGGCAGGCUCUGUAUGCCUGUAACACCUGCACGCCAAAGGGCAGCGAGGCGGCCGGCAUCUGUUUGGCGUGCUCCUACAAAUGUCAUGAAGGCCAUGACCUCUUUGAACUGUACACUAAGAGGAACUUCCGCUGUGACUGUGGAAACGGGAAGUUCUCGGAGCUGCAGUGUAAACUCCAUCCGGACAAAGAUGAGGUAAACAGUCUGAAUAAAUACAGUCAGAAUUUCUUUGGAGUUUACUGCACCUGCGGCCGACCGUACCCAGACCCAGAGGAUCAGGUGGAGGAUGAGAUGAUUCAGUGUGUGGUGUGUGAGGACUGGCUGCACGGCCGGCACCUGGGCUGUGUGGUUCCAGACUGCGUGGAGCUUCAGGAGAUGAUCUGCGAGUCCUGUAUGAAAACACACUCGUUUCUCUGGACCUACGCUUCGCACCUAGCAGUACCGGGUGGAGCAGCGGAGGUGAAGGAGGAAACGGCAAAAAAGCCCACCAUUCCCAUCAAAGAAGAAGAGGUUGAUGAUGCCAUUGAGCCUAGCUGCAAGCGGAGCCGUGAGGAAGUGGAGCCGAGGUGCAGACUGAAGGAGCUGCAGGUAAUUGGUCAGAAAAGAGUCCAAUCAGGAGCUGUGUUCUGGCCUUCACCGUGGCGUUCCAAACUCUGCUCCUGCAGAAUGUGCCAGCUGCGCCUGCUUGAAGCUGGUCUGUCCUUCCUGUUGGACGAGUCAGACACAGUCCUCGCCUACGAAAACAAAGGAAAGAACAGUGAGCAGAGACGACAGGAAGACGACCCUCUGAUGUCAGCGCUCGACAACCUGAACCACGUGCAGCAGCUCGAGAUCAUCCAUGGAUACAAUGACAUGAAAACUGAGCUGAAGGACUUCCUGCAGAGAUUUGCAGCUGAAGGAAAAGUUGUGACAUCUGAUGACAUUCGUCAGUUCUUCGAGCAGCAGAGUCGUAAAAGACGCAGAGUUGAUGCCGGAGAGUUCUACUGCACCUGAUCCCCUCUGACCUCGCCUCCAUCUGCUGAUCUUUCAUCCCUGAUUAAAUGGAACCUGUUGUGUGUUUCCUGUUUUAACUUUUCUAUAAAAUCUGUCUGACAUGUUGAACAACCUCUUUGUUUCUCAGUAUUGUUUCCUUUUUAAACAAUCUAAUAAAACAAUCUGAAAAUGGCAA